UCUAUCCGUCACGGGAAGUACGAAGAACGAGAAGUCUCACUGCUCUUUGCUGAAUUAGUCAUCAUAACAAUGGCGGACUUACUGGCUGUCCCGUUGAAGAAGCCGUCAGACAUUGACGUGAUAAAGCCGUUGAGAAACUUGGUUGCAUCCGUUUACAGCACGUCGGACAAACCCGUCGACUACACUGAAGAAAUCAGCGAGUUCAGCAAGCUGCGUAACUCUGCCCUGUGGAAGGCGUUCGAGAAAUAUGAGUCGUCGCUCGAGCUCAUCUACUGCUAUUAUGAUCAGCUGUGUGCAAUGGAGGCAAAGAUUCCUGCCCACGAAGUUCAAAUACCGUUCAAAUGGAAGGAUGCUUUUGAUCGAGGCAGUCUGUUUGGAGGCCGGCUAAGCUUAACUAUUUCCUCAUUAGCUUAUGAAAAGGUUUGUGUUAUGUUCAACAUUGCUGCCCUGCAGAGCUGUGUGGCUGCAAACCAAACCAUGGAAACUGACGAAGGUCGAAAGUUGGCGGCCAAACUCUUGCAACAGUCCGCUGGCAUUUUUGGGCAUCUGAAAUCAAACGUUUUAACUUCGAUCCAUCAAGAUCCUACCCCGGAUUUGAAGCCAGAAACGCUAGGUGCUCUUUCUGCUUUGAUGUUGGCCCAGGCGCAAGAAAUCUUUGUUCAGAAAGCGAUUCAAGAUCGUAUGAAGGAUGCUGUGAUUGCCAAGCUGAGCGCCCAGUGUGAUGAGCUCUACUCCGAGGCCUACAAGCAGAUGCAAAAGGAAAGCCUGCAUCCCCUCUGGGAAAGAGGUGACUGUGACUGGCUGGCUGUGGUGGGUGGCAAGCAAGCUGCGUAUCGCGGUGUAGCGCAGUUUUACCAAAGUCUUGUGUGCAACGCUGACAAAAAAGUAGGCGAGGAAAUCUCGCGUCUGCAGUACGCUCUGGAGCUUUUCAAAACAGCGCAGCAAACGAUGGGCAAAGCCACCUACUUCCAGGACUACGUCAACAGAGCCCAGAAGGCUCUGACCGAGAGCAAAAAAGACAACGACUUCAUAUACCAUGAGAAGGUGCCUAACGCCAAAGACUUGCCUGCUAUCGGAAAAGCUCCUUUGGCCAAAGCGCUCCCUGUGACUGAGAAAAUGAGCCAGUCGUCCAAAGACCUCUUUGAGAACCUUGUUCCUGUGCCGGUACUCCAGGCCAUGGCGGCAUACAGUGUUCGGAAGACAGAGUUGGUCAACACCGAGAUAAUGAAGCUGAGGGAGGCCACACAACUCCUAAACAGUAUUUUGGCGUCCCUGAAUUUGCCUGCCGCUCUAGAGGAUUCGACCGGAGCGGAGAUACCCCAGUCUGUCAAGGACAAGGCGGAAAGCGUCAAGUCAAGCGGAGGCCUUGGUGAGCUACAGAAGAUGCUCCAAGAGCUUCCUGAACUGCUGCAAAGGAAUCAAGAAAUUUUGAAUGAGUGCAAUCGUAUGGUGAAAGAGGAAGAGGACUCCGACACUCAGCUGAGAAAUCAGUUCAAGGAGAAGUGGACCAGAACUCCUUCUGCAAAAUUAACCGACACAUUCAAGGCAAACGUUGUCAAAUACCAGACUAUCAUUACCAAUGCCAUUGAAGCUGACAAAAAAGUGCGGGGCAAAUUCGAAAAUCAUUUGGAGGGUAUUCAACUGUUGGAUGGAGACCUAAGUGCCUUACAAGCUGCUCUGCCUUCCUGCGGUUCAAGUGGUGCGAGCAAGAGCUCGGCAGCUUGCCAGCUACGGCAACUGAUGGAAACUGUGGAGUCUAUCAAAGCUGAGAGGGAUGUGAUUGAGAGUGAGCUGAACUCUCCAACCUCUGAUAUGCAGGACCAGUUUUUGUCGGCUUUGGCUCAGGAUGGUGCAAUCAAUGAGGCCAAUAUUUCCGUUGAAGCUUUGGGGCACAACUAUGGAUCACUGAGCAAGCAAGUCAAGGACAGUUUAACUAGGCAGGAGUCGCUUGUGGCAGAGAUCCAGAGGGUGAAUACUGACUUCUGCAAGGAAAAAAGUGGUGCUGGAGCUGCCGCUAUGCAGAGGGAGGAAAUGCUUAAGAAGCUAGCAGCUGCGCAUGACGGUUUUAUGGAGUUGCAAGUUAAUUUGAAGGAAGGUUCCCGCUUCUACAAUGACCUCACUAAUCUGCUGGUGAACUUCCAAAACAAGGUGUCUGACUUCUGCUUUGCCAGAAAAACUGAAAAGGACGAGCUGCUAAAGGACCUCACCAGUGAUUUAAGCAAGGUUUCGUCUGGAACCCCUAGCAUUCCAGCCCACCAUGCAGACAGCACUCCAGCUGCCCCAAUGUCCGCUCCAGCGGCACAGGCCGCCCCUCCGUACCCUGUGCAACAGCAGGGCAUGCCUUUACCCUAUGGUCAGCCUGGUGUGAACCCUUACGCCUACGCACCAAUGCCGACAGGCUACAAUCCUUACGCUUACCCGCAAGCACCAUACCCGCAACAGCAGCACGCACCUGCUUUCAACUAUCCCUACCCGCCACCGCAGACUGGCUAUCCACAGCAGGGCGGAUUCCCAGCUUAUCCACCCACAGGCUACCCUCCACAGCAGCCACCAAACCAACAACCCCCUUGGCAGUGAAGAACCAAUGCGAUAAGUCACAAAAUAAUUUUUGGUGCUUUUCAUUUAACUACAAAUAUUACACAGUUUGUUUCUUCAUAACUUUUUAUAUUAUUAAAUGUUAACGUUGGUUAAGUUUCAACUGCAUGUAAAUUGGUUUGCAACAGGUUAAUAAUAUUAUAUUAAUAACCUGUGACUGAUUAUUUCAGGGCUGGAGGCCCUUCUUGGAGACGCUGAAAGCUCAAAAUUUAACAGUUAAUUUACAGUUCGCCCAACAGCUCAUUAGUGACUGAAAUAUUAUGUAUUAAAAUCCAAUUAUAUAUCGUGAUAAUUUUGUUGUGCUAAAGUUACAACAGCGCCAAACAUUAUUUUGGCAUUUAUUUUAAUUUAGCAUUUUUAAUCCUAAUUUUUCGCCUCAGAAGCUGUAUUAGUCUGUCCUAAAGAAAUAAAAUACCUAAAUAAUGUUUAAAUUUUUGAAGCUCUUGCAGUUACGGCUAAUAAAAAUUGCAAAUUACUUGCUGA